GCUGCGUGCCGAAGUGGAGUGUUUAUGUAUUCUGAGGACCAGUAUGAGUGAACUGAAGGCGGUGCCCUGUGAUUCUCACCAGGCUGCACCAGUGGUCUGGACAUGCAGGGGAGUGGAGGCGUGGCAUUUUGUUUGACUAAAUAACUAAACAAUCUUUAACUAUACGGUAGAACAGCGGUAACAGACGGAGAUCGAUUCCAGACAAUCCCGAUAAAUGUAUUUUAUUACAGAUAUUUGCACUCAAAUCUAUAGAAAGCGGGUCAUCUUUCUCUAGUCCAACGAUGAAUUCUAAACGUCUGCUUGACAUGUCUGCUGUUGGAAUACGGGUCGGGGGCGCUUCGAAACAAGCCGGUAUUGAUCAGCAUGCAGAGGGUUCCAAGGGACGCAAAAUUACUGUCGCCGCCACUGCGGACAGCCGUGUCAUUCUGGCGUGCAAGAAUGGUCCCGCAGCAGGAGCAGUUUUCUACAAAUUCGUGUUGGAUGAUGGAUCUUUAAGAGAAUGUACAGGACAGGACACCGUCCUCAAUGUGAAUGACCUGUCAUCAGGGAGAGAACAAUACCACCUCUUGAAUAAAGCAGGUUGUGGCGGGGAGGCAGAUGAAAGAAACAGUGGUCUGACUGGGAUCCUUACUAACGGCAGUCCCACACACUGCCUGAUCCGGAAAGGGCAGAAGGCGGACAGACACAUGCACUCGGAGGCGAGGACCCCGCUGGUGCCCAGCGGUUGCCAGGCAACAAAUGGACAGCAAGUUCCACCUGAGGAGAGAUACCCUCAUCCCUCCUCCCAAAUACCUGUCCCCCGACGCAGGAAACCUUCAGGUCUUGCUGAUAAGGAGGUACUGGCUGCUACCGUCCUGACAUCACUGUCCACCUCUCCUCUGGUCCUCACCCAGACAGCCUCAGCUGCAGUUCCGGAGCCAGCCAGCAGAGGGUGGAAGGAGGUGCUGUCAACUAGCUACAGCAGCUCCACCAGUGGCAACUGGAGCUGGGACACCAGUGACCAAUCAGUGCCCUCCACACCGUCCCCGCCUCUCUGCAACGACACCAGCAAGAGCUUCCUGCUCUCCUCCCAGGGUGAUCAUGUCAUCGACGACGUCAAAGAGAGCACGCACUUCUUGUUUGAGGACCCCAUACCCCGGAAGCGAAAGAACUCUACGAAGGUGAUGCUCAAGUGCUUGUGGAAGAACUGUGAAAAGGUCCUCAGCACCUCUUCAGGGAUCCAGCGACACAUCCGCACCGUCCACCUGGGGCGGAACUGUGACUCGGACUACAGUGACGGGGAGGAGGACUUCUACUACUCAGAGAUCGAGGUCAACAUGGACAGCCUAUCAGAGGGCUUGUCCAGCCUCACGCCCACCUCCCCCACCACUACCGGCCCUCCCGCCAUCUUCCCCCCUUUCUCCCACGCCGCCUUUGUUCCCCGCUCUGAGCCCGCCCACAUCGUCAUGAGGGGACCGCAGGGUCAUGCUCCCAGUCUGCUCAGCCAAUCAGCCCCCUCCACGCUCUGCCAUAUCCGUACUGACCACGCCUACCAGGCCACUGCUCCUGUGAGUAUUCCUGUGUGUUCGGAGCAGGCUGAUGGGAAUGAAGGGAUUGGUAAUGGGGAUGGGAUCAGUGUGUCCUGGCAGUCCACUCCUGUCAUUUUUAAAGGCUUAACGGGGCCGUUGACUCACAUCCGCACGGUGAGCUUCGGGGAGAAGAGACAGCCAGCCCCUCAUGCACACACCACCAUCUGCAAGACACCCCCCUUUACAGCCCCCCUGCCCAAACCAGCACCAGGAACCAGGAAACCCCGUGGAGAGGCCAAAAAGUGCCGGAAAGUGUAUGGCAUGGAGAAGAGGGACAUGUGGUGCACAGCCUGCCGCUGGAAAAAAGCCUGUCAGCGAUUCACUGACUGAACCCCAGUACAUCACUGGGAUGGACUCUUCCUCUGCCAGCGCUUCAAUGAGGUGUCAUCUUCCACUGAGGAGAUGUGGGGGUUUCUCCGUGAUGAAGCCCCUCAGAGCACGCACUGCUUCCUCCUGACCAGCAGGGGGCUCUCUGCUCGCUUCUCCUAGCCCUCAGACAGCUGAAUUUACAAAACACAACAACUAACUGAUGGAAAAAGGCAAAAAAGAAAAAUGAAUUUGGCUUUGGAAUAAUAGUUUUUCUUUCUAAUGAUGAGACUUUUUAGGUAAUCAAAAAAAGACAAAUAUUAUUCAAAACCUUUURGAUUUGUUUUGUAUUUUCUAAUUUUGUCUGCCUUCACUGUAGGSGAGUUGUUGAAGAUUUCAGAUAAGCUUUUUUGGUAUUGUGUACUCUCAACGUAUWGUUUUUUUACUGGUCCGAGUAUCAUGGAAGCUACUGUGUUUGAGUUUAUAAGAUCCUGAUACCGCUCUCUCGUGGGCGUCUUUCAAUGCACCUCCGUUAAUGUUUUAUAACUAAAAUCACAUCYACUUCGGGGAUUUUAUUCGAAUGGAUCGUUUUUCAAAUUUCAACUGUCACUCUUUUUGAAAUGGGCAGUAAGUCUACCAAAGGAAAAAACAAAUCAGAARGAUCCAUUCGCUCAGCAUUUAGAUGCUUCUCAUUAAGUUGCAAGCUUGUUCUGCUCUUCAUAUCCAAAGUGUUACUGGAAUAACACAUCACYUGCUCUCAUGGGAAUUCAACUCAGAAACUCUAAUCACUUUGUUUGGGAAGUACAUCAUUCAUAGCUACUCAUCAUAAGAUUCUUGCUUUUUGCAUAGAUAUGAAACACACCCUCUUCCGRCUGGUUGCAGCAAAUGUUACGUUUUGAAUGUACAGUUUAGAAAGAUAUCCAUUUCCCUUUCUUCCUUUCCAUACCUCUGAUAUGCAUCGUUCGGGAACAACACAUCUUUCAACGGAUCCCUGUAAACUUUGUAACGACAGUGUUUCCUCUCAUUUCUAACUUGUAUUUUCAGCGAUCGGUUACCAAGGCAACUAGUAGUUGCAAAGUGUAAUCACCAGGGUUUGGAAAGUCUCGUCUCGCUUUGAUUAAUCGGCUCUAUUGUUGAUUACAGUUGUCGUCGACAACAUGAAGCUCUGCCGUAGCACUGCUGGCUACUCAGAGGUCUAGAGUUCAUUUUCUGGGUAUCGUCAUAGACACGGAAUACAAUCUCGUUCUCGUUCUCUGUGGGUGCUGUACCAUAGUCAGUCCCACUCAACCCUCACUCCCAGUUACAGCUCUUAACUGGUAUCUAAUGGCGUUGAAAUCACGAUGCUUGUCUCCAAGGGAUUGUUUGCUUCCCAUGAAUUGUACCUGGAUUCCUGAUCAGACGUGAGAGCAGAUCUAGAUGUGUAUUUUUAAACAGAUGUAUUUUUCUACUCUAGCUACUGUUUCAAAUUGUUGCCAGCUCUUUGAAUGUAGUCUCUGCAGGCUCUCUCUUUCUGCUCCCAACACUGACUACGAGCCAUUACACAAGUUACAACAGCAGGAUGCACACACACACACACACACACAGCACUCUAAAUUAACUGGUGCUCCCAAUUUUAAAAAGUUAGGAGCACCACAUAAAAUGUAUGAGCACCAGAUUAUAUAUAUUGUUUCAUUGAUUGAGAUGCAGCCUAUAUUGGGCCUAUAUUAAUUCUAGCUACUUUUGAAGCAUAUGCUGUGCCCCAGAAAUGAACACUGUCUGGAUAGUUUAUAAUAAAAGCUCAAAUGUUGAUACAAAUAUCGGUCAUUGAAAUGACGUGGAAUAUUAGGUUUCUACAUUGUGUAAAAUCACAAUUUUCCUAUUGAGAUGCAUUACAUUGAACAUUGUACACCGUCUCUAAGCACGGCGGGUUUGUGAUGAGGACACGCAAGAAAUCUGACAAUCGUUCAGUGCUACGGUCAUUGAUCUCCUGAGGAAGCUCCUUUUCCUUUCUGUGCCCCCAAAUGUUUGGAUAUACUGGUAAAGUGACCAGGUUGUUAGCUAGGUAGCCAAUGAYGUAAGAUGACUGAACAAACUGUAAACAAAUGGUUAAGUAGUAGCGAGUAGUUUUCGAAUGGCCCACGAAGUGGUUUAUUAACGUAAAUUGCGGUCCUGUCGAUAGGCUAUAGAAAGAAAAAAUGGUAAUAUGGGUCAGAUCUUUUUAACUGGGGUAGAAACGAGCUAUUUCCGCUGUAGUAAUGGUACAACCACGAUUCUAACGAUUAAUGCUCUCCCUUUUUUCUCUAGGGGACUCGGAAUCAACAGUACUGCGAAGCCUAAUCAUUAUAACAAUUAUUAUUCGGGAUACUUUUUUUUUUAUAGGAGCACAGUCCCCCCCCCCACAGUCAGUGGCAGUGUUCGAUAGCAUCAAAACUAAUGCAGGCGACUGCCUGCCGACUGACUGAUCUGCAAAUCACCUUCCAUCAUAAAUAACGACUCAUUAUUAUUUGUAGAUGAGUCAGUCACAAUUUACCCAUGAUAUAUUGCGUCUUUUAUCCUAUCGAACAUAGCCUAUGACUUUCCAGUCUUUGGCUGUUUUACACAUCUGUUGUCAUGUUAACACAUGCGCUCUCAGCUGUCACAUAUUCUCAUUGACAUGACAUCAGUAGAAGGCCAUUCCAAGACAGCCGGCUGUGACUGUUGUAUCUUGUUGUUUUUUGGGUACAACAAACAAACAAUCUAACCAACUGGAUUCUUUUUAGGGAUUCUAUUCAUCCAUAUCACCGAAUCGUUACAGAUUGCGUAAUGGUGAUUACCGAUUGAGCCGAKACAUGCAGCGUUUAUGAGUGAAUGCAAUCUCUGUUAACAGGGAAAGUUGCCUUUUACAUUUUAAUUACACAGUCACGCUUAACUUUCCCGAUUCGUAUUUAAUAGAGCCCCGUACAUGCCAUGUCAGUUUUUUCCUUGAUAACCAUGACCAACAAAUAUGCUUGUUGGCUAGUAACCUUGCUGUCAGCCAUUCUGUCUGAGAGAGAGAAGCUGUGUCUUACAGUGCCUCACUGGUCAGAGUGGAGAGUAGGCUGGUAAUUAAUGGUCAGAAACUUCACUAAGUGCCAAUGAAAAUAACAUUACGAGGAAAAAAUGAUGUACCUAAAGAAAUUGCACUAACUUGCACUGCACAAAGACAUGUUUUUAUACAUGGAGAUUUUAUAUACACAGAUUUUGAAGUGAAAUUUGAUUUGAGGUUUUAAUUUUGGGUCGUCACUGCUUUGGUGUUAAAAUGGGGCUUCUACACCUCUUGGGUCCCCACAUAAGAACGUUCUGAACCUGUAUGUCUAGUUCUCUCUGUGUGUGGUGUACACAGCCCAAUGGGGCCCGCAAUGUUGUCUGGAAUAGUGUGGUACUGGAUGCAGCCUUAGAAAAAAGGCUCCCAAAAGGGUCAUUUGGCUGUCCCCAUAGGAGAACCCUGUUGGGUUCCAGGUAGAACACUUUUUGUUUUCUAGUAGAACCCUUUUG